AUGCCACGGCCAACACCGGUGCCCAUCGCAGCUGCCCGGCCUCGAAAGCAACAGAAACCCUCACCAGGUAAAGAGAAUCUGGCCGCCGGCAAACCCACCUCAAACAACGGACCCGUCUCUAACAUUCGCUCACGGAGAGAACGACCGUGUGACGCUUGCAGGAGAAGGAAAAGCCGUUGUGUGAUACACGAGGGCGCAGCGCUGUGUGUUCUGUGCGAAUUUCACAAGCAGGAGUGUACCUUUGUGCAGAGUCCACUGCCCAGAAAAAGAAAGGUUGUCGACAGCGACAAGAAAGACUCGCCCAAUAACUCGAAAAAGAGAUCGGUGGACUGUGAGCCACCCCCACUAGCAUUGCCCACGCCCACCAUCACGGCAACUGCACCGAGUCCUCGACCGCCGCAACCCUCGUUGGCCAACAUCCACCUGCCGCAACUGGGAGAGACAUUGGGUCUGCAAAGACGUCAGCAUAGCAGAUAUAUUGGGCUGAGUUCUCCUUUUGACAACUUACUCAUUGGCCUUUCCCACUUUGAUACCCGUAACGAGUCCACGUUUGAUCUUGGAACCCUUCGACGAGUGACUGACCAAGAAUGUUUCAUCAUGCUACCUGACGAGAACACACAAGACUAUGCCGACGAGGCCAACACUUUGAACCUUGUUGAGCAGCUCGUUCAUCCACACGGUCCUGCUCUAUUGGACCUGUAUUUUCAAAUCGUACAUCCAAGCUUUCCCAUCAUCCAAAAGCACCUAUUUAUCGAACGGUAUCGGAAUGGCGAUCGGUCUUUCUCGCCGGCUCUGCUGGCUGGCAUGUAUAUUUUAUCUCUCAAUUGGUGGUCGCUCGAUCCAAAGCUGGCUAAGUACACCAAGCCCGAUGCAACCCGCUUGGAGGCUAUCGCAAUGAGAUCUUUGACGCUUGCCAUGGAAAGGCCCAAGCUCUCAACCGUUCAGGCGGGACUGCUGCUUUUGCAGCGUCCAGAGGCAGACUCUUGGAGUUUGACAACACAAUUGGUGGCCAUUGGCCAAGAGCUCGGCCUACAUCUUGACUGUACGACAUGGUCAGUGCCUGGGUGGGAGCGAGGCCUAAGGAAACGCAUUGCCUGGGCGUUGUACAUGCAGGACAAGUGGAGUUCGCUGAUCCACGGCCGGCCAUCGCACAUCUUCAACGCGAAUUGGGCAGUAAAGCCAAUUACCGAGGAAGACUUCAAUGAGGAAGGCGACGGAUACGAUGCGCGGCAGGACGACUCUGAAGAUGAGUUAGAAGAGAAUCAUAGAAGCCGGAUAUUGUUCGCUCAGAUGAUUAGCCUUACCCAGAUCAUGGCGGAAGUCAUGGAUACGUUCUACACCCAGACAGCCAUCCAGGAUUUCGCCAACGCCGGGAGGAAGUCGACAGAGCUCAUUCUUGCGCGAGCGAAACCUGUUCAGAUCAAGCUCCGCCAGUGGCACGAGAGAUUACCUGUGGAGGUCAAGAUGCAUACGCCGAGUAGGAGCAGGCUCAUCUCAACCGGCUACCUGCAUCUCGCCUACUUCGCCACAGAGAUCACCCUCCAUCGACGCAUCGUGCAAUCGCUCGACGACACAAAUCCCGACUCCUACGGCCUGUUCAUGUGCCGCAACGCAGCCAAAACGCGCCUCAUCUCCGCCAUGGACUUUGUCAACCGCCUCAAACCCGAGCACCUGCAGUCGUUCUGGUACUUUGCAUCCAAAGUGAACUUCACGCUCAUCGGCACCUUUGGCUCGUUGCUCUGGGCCACUGCGCCCGCCAAAGAAGAAGCAGAAUUCUACAAGCUGCGGCUGAGGGAAUACCGCUGGACCCUCUCCGUCUCGUCCAAGCGCGCAGACUUCCUCGACUACGCCGUCUCGAUGCUAGACGCAAGUCGCGCCAUGCUCAACAACCUGGCCGAGAAACCCAGCCUUGCCGACCAGAUUAGCAGUGCGGGCGUGCCGCCUGCGCCGCCGCGCAUGUUCUCGUCAAAUCUGACCAUGGCGCAAUACCAUGACGAUGACGUCGAUAUGAUGGAUGGCGGGGAGUUGAGGGGCGCCAUGUCCCCCGGGGAGAGUUUCGACGGGUUCGACGACGGGUCGCAGGAUGAGAGUAGAGGGAAUUCGCCGCGGUCGGCUUGA